AACCAAUUCGAUUUCAUAAUUUCUCUCUUUUUUAUUUUUUGUAAUUCUUCGAUUUCUCCGCUUGUCACUGUAUCGCCUUUUCAGUUUAUAUACACUUGUAUAUAUAUUGUAAACCGGCCAAAUUGUCCCGAGCUCUGUGCAAAAAUGUCUUCGAUAAUCCAUGGAGCUGGAGCUGCUACGACGACGUUAUCGACGUUUAAUUCCAUCGAUUCCAAGAUACUCGUAGCUCCUUCUCGCACAAAUCUUUCAGUGAGGAGCCAGAGAUAUAUAGUGGCUGGAUCUGAUGCGAGUAAGAAGAAGAAUUUUGUUUCUGGACUCAGAGUUCGUCACUCUCAGAAAUUGAUUCCAAAUGCUGUUGCGACGAAGGAGGCGGACACAUCUGCGAGCACUGGACAUGAACUAUUGCUUUUCGAGGCUCUUCAGGAAGGUCUGGAAGAAGAAAUGGACAGAGAUCCACAUGUCUGUGUUAUGGGUGAAGAUGUUGGCCAUUACGGAGGCUCUUACAAGGUAACCAAAGGUCUUGCUGAUAAAUUCGGCGACCUCAGGGUUCUCGACACUCCUAUUUGUGAAAAUGCAUUCACCGGUAUGGGCAUUGGAGCCGCCAUGACUGGUCUAAGACCCGUCAUUGAAGGUAUGAACAUGGGUUUCCUCCUCCUCGCCUUCAACCAAAUCUCUAACAACUGUGGAAUGCUUCACUACACAUCGGGUGGUCAGUUCACGAUCCCGGUUGUCAUCCGUGGGCCUGGUGGAGUGGGACGUCAGCUUGGCGCUGAGCAUUCACAGCGGUUAGAAUCUUACUUCCAGUCCAUCCCUGGGAUCCAGAUGGUUGCUUGCUCUACUCCUUACAACGCCAAAGGAUUGAUGAAAGCUGCGAUAAGAAGCGAGAACCCCGUGAUUCUGUUCGAACAUGUUCUGCUUUACAAUCUCAAGGAGAAAAUCCCGGAUGAAGAUUACAUCUGUAACCUUGAAGAAGCUGAGAUGGUCAGACCUGGUGAGCACAUUACCAUCCUCACAUACUCGCGGAUGAGGUACCAUGUGAUGCAGGCAGCAAAAACUCUGGUGAACAAAGGGUAUGACCCUGAGGUUAUCGACAUCAGGUCACUGAAACCGUUUGACCUUCACACAAUCGGAAACUCAGUAAAGAAAACACACCGGGUUUUGAUCGUGGAGGAGUGUAUGAGAACCGGUGGGAUUGGGGCAAGUCUUACAGCUGCUAUCAACGAGAACUUUCAUGACUACUUAGAUUCUCCGGUGAUGUGUUUAUCUUCUCAAGACGUCCCUACACCAUACGCUGGUACACUGGAGGAGUGGACAGUGGUUCAACCGGCUCAGAUCGUGACCGCUGUCGAGCAGCUUUGCCAGUGAAUUCAUAUUUAUCCAAUGAACCGUUAAUUAUCAUUUACCUCUCCAAUUCCUUUCUCCUUAGUUUAGUUCUUAAAGAAUUUGUCUAAGAUGGUUUGUUUAUGUUAAAGUUUGUCUCCUUUGUUGUGUCUUGGAAUACGGUUUUGUAACUCAGAAUGUUUGUUUGUUAAUUUUAUCUCCCACUUCAAUCCCAAA